AUGGCUGAUCGUCGAUUUACAAUUCAAGCUGAACCUCGUGGUAUGAAUACUAUGAAAACAGCAGUACCAAUGACUGCUGUACGUGAUGAUAUACAAGCACCACUUACUGGUGUUGGUCCAUCAUCAGCUAAUGCAGCAGCAACAACAACAACAACUGUUCCUGAACGUCGUCCAUCUCAAGCAUUUUUUCGACGAUUAUCAAUGUCUAUGGGUAAUGGUCGAAAAUCAUCAAUGUUUCUUUCACCGAAUCAACCUCGACCAAAUACAUAUCGUAUGGAACCAGAUAAUGAAUAUCGUUUUCGUCCAUAUAAACUUCAAGCUAAAAUACUUGAAGUAUUAGUUGAACAAAUGAAAGAUCAAACAUAUAAUCCCACAACUGUAAACGAACUUGUUAAAAGUGUUUCACGUAGUGUUCAUCAAUUAAUGAAAAAUUUUCAAUUACCACGAUAUAAAAUUGUUAUUCAAACUGUUAUUGUACAAAAAUUUGAUCAAGUUUUACGUAUUGGAUCACGUUGUUUAUGGGAUCAAAAAACAGAUAAUAUGCUAUCAGUUAAUUAUGAAACGAAAGAUAUGAUUGCUGUUGUUACUAUUCAUGCAAUAUAUUUUGAGUAAAUUAUAGACACUUGAUUUUACUUAUAUGACAAUUCAAUGAAAGAUAUUUCUAUAAGAUCAUUUUGAUCUAAUCAAAGUUUAGGCAUCUUGUGCCAUGUUUUAUGAACAUAUGCAUAUUGAGCUUAAAUUUAUUUUUAAUAAAAAAAAACAAAAAAAAGAAAUUUUUUUCUUCAAAUAAAUUCUAAGCGGAAAUGAUUGAAGACAAUUGGAAAACUAUAAGAAUGUAUGAUAAAACGUUUCAUACCUCUCGACUAAUGAGAUGAAUAUAUGCAAUAAAUUGAAGGCAUGUACUAUGAAAUGAAAAAAAAACAUGCAUAUCGAAGUAUGCUGUAUAAAUACACGUAAUAUUCUAUUUUAAUAUAUUUUAUGAAACUCUUUAUGACUUUUACAUUAAAGUGUUGCAGUGUGAAAAGUUUUAUAAUUUUUCUAUUGAGAAAGCAAUAUUAUGAAAUAAUUAAGUACAACAAAACAAUGAUGUUGUGAAAUAAUUAUUCAAUACAAUGAGUCAAAACAUUUAAACAUUGACUAGGAGAUAUAAAUACCAGUCAGCUAACUCAUGACCGACUUGACAAAAAAAAAAUAAAUUCUAGAAGUUUAGAAAACUUUGACUGUUACGAUUGUUUUUUAUUUAAGAAUGUCUUUGUCUAGUUUUUACCUACGUAUUUCUGUUUCCUAUUUCAAAAGUUUUUGAAAUUAGACAAAAAACUACAGUGGGCGUCAUAAGUGGUCGUCCCACUUUUGUAUUUUGAGUCGUCCAUUUGAACUAAACAAUGUUGAUUUAAUUUGAUUAUAUAUUCUUGUAGCGGAGAUCGAGUACUAUCUGUAUACACCUGUUCCAUACGAAAAACUCUCGGAAUAUAAAAUAAAAUAGGCAAAACCCAGUCAGACAAAAAUUUUGAAAAACGCGUUUAAACGCACAAUCGGGAACCCG